AUGCCGCCCCGCAAAAGCGACGUGGCGAAAGCUACCAGCGAGGAGGUGGGUGUUGGCGCGCCGAGUGCCAGCACGCCUGCGAAGGAGGCAGCGCAUAAGGAGAAAGAUGGUGUUAAUAUCGAGGAUCUCAACCUCCCCAAAUCCAUCGUGACGCGCCUGGCGAAAGGUGUGCUCCCGCCCAGCACACAAAUCCAAGGCAACGCGAUGCUCGCGAUGACGAAAUCCGCGACGGUGUUCGUGGGCUACCUCGCGGCGCACGCGAACGAGUAUGCGCAGGCGGCGAACAGGAAGACGGUUACGCCGGCGGAUGUGCUGAGGGCGCUGGAGGAUCUGGAGUUUGGGGAGUUUAGGCCGCGGGGGAAGGAGGAGGGGGAGGGGGGACCGAAGGCGAAGAAGCCGAGGUUGGAGGAGGGUGCCGGGGAGGGGGGGGAGGAUCAUGAGGAGGAGACGGUGUUGGAGGAUCAUGAGGAGGGGGAGGAGGAGCAUGAGGGGGAUGAUGAGCCGGAUGAUGAGGUUGAGGAUGAUGGAGAGGAGGAGGAGCAGGAUGAGGAUCACCAUGAUGACGAUGGCGAGGAUAGGGUGGAGAAUGGGAGGGAUGAGGAUGAGGCGCUUGAUAAUGGCGAGGAUAGCGACUAAGUCUCAAACAUGAUCUAGAUAUGAUCAAUGGUAAGGCGUUUGGGCACGGCGCUGCAGGGGCAUAUAGGGUUGGUAUACGAGGUAGCCAGGCAUUUAUUGGAGAGUGGGUAAACGUCCAAAAUUGCCAGUAAUACACUCCAUCACAUUUAUAUCAUCUCUUCAUGAUUACCGCUUCCUUGUCGAAUUUUACAAAGCUUCAAAAACUCCGUCAGAAAUCUUUCGUCGCACAUCACAGCAACACAGAACAGACACAGCAAGCAGAAUU